UGACAACAUAGUCAUGUCACAUCAUCAAUAAAAUAAAAAUUAUACGUAAAAAUUAGGGAGAACGUAAAAAUCAAGAAAAAGUGAUAUUAUAGCAAAAAUAAUGGAAGCUAAUGAAAAUCAGCAUCCAUCUAGCUCUCAGGAAGGUGAUUCUGUUAAAAGACGAAAUCCAUUAGAAAAUUUAUCGAAAGAGGAGUUAAUAGCAAAGUGUAAGGGUCUAUUAGGUCUCGCACAAAAAGCGAAACAGGCAAAAGAUGAUUGUGUUGAAAAAAAUAAAAGUUUGUUGAACAAACUUUCUGAAUAUGAAACACAAAAAGAGGCGGAUAAGGCAUCAUUGCUUGCAAUGAAAGAAAUUGUAGAAAAUUUGACGCAAACCAAACUUGCUCUUACAUCUAAAGUAGCAGAUUUAGAAGUGCAAAAUAAAAAUUUUUCCUCUAAAAUUAUUGAGCUGGAAACAUCAAUUACAAAGCAUUCCGAAGUUUUAAUUUUAAACGAAACAUUAAAACGCCAACUUGAGAGAAUGACGGACGAAAAUGAAGAUUUGAUUGGAGAUUUAGAAAAACUUGAAACUAAAUUUUUGCAAAAUACCAAGGAUUAUGCUCAUCAACAAAGCAAAAAUGAACUACAUGUCAAAGAUGUUACUCAGAAAAUGGAACAACUUGAAAAAACUAUUUCAGAAUUGCUUGAAGAAAAUUUAAGAUUAAAGGAAACUAGCGAGAAACAAGUGUCAUCCGAUGAAAUUAAGAAUCACUUAGAGAGUUCGACAGAAAAUGAGGAUAUCAAAAAAAUGCAAACACAAAAUCUUGAACUAUCUUGUGAAAUAAAAAAGAUGAAAAUUAAAGAAGUGAGAUUAUUAGAUGAAAUUCAGCAUUUGAAAAAUAAAAUAAAUGAUGUGGUUUUCAAGUUUAAGAAGCUCAAAGAAUGCAGGAAGGUAUUAAUGGAAAAUGAGGUGGAUUAUUCAGAAUCAGUUUCAAAGUGGCAAGAAGAUAUUAGAAGAGUCUCGCAAAAACUAUUGGCUUAUAUAAGGAUGCUAGAAAACGACAAAAAUAUUUUGCAAAGAUAUUUAAAAAUUUAUGAAAAACAAAAAAUUGACGACGAAAUUAAUUAUUUGACUAAUAUUGAAAGAAAAACUCAAAACCUAAUUAAAAUUUGUGAUAAGGUCAUAAUUGAAAAUCAACAGAAUUCAACACAAAUUACUGACUUAACAGCGUCCAUUGAAAAUCAUCAAACUCUUAAUGAUGACACAGUUAAGGAGAUCAACAUAAUCAAUUCAAAAAUUGUAGAAUCAAAUAAAGAAGAGAAGAACGAGAAAAGGGAAGAAAAUAAUUUUGACUUAAAAGUCAAAUGUGAUGAGUUGGAAAAGUUUCUUCAAGAGCAAGUUUCAAAAUGUGAAGAUCUAAAAAAUCAGAGAGACCAAAGCGCUCUUAUUUUAAAAUCAACACAAGACAGUUACAACAAUUUGAAAAAGGAAUUUGAAAAUGUAAGCAAAGACAUUGAAAAUCAUAAAGAAGCUGAAAGAAUACUAAAAGAAGAAAUUUCCGACCUAAUAGAAAAUUCUGAGCACAAAAAUCUUACAUUUAAAAGAACGAUUGAAGAGAAAACACAAAUAAUCGAACGAUUAAAAGCCGAGAAUGCAGAGUUAUUGAAUGAAAUGAGAGAACUAAACGAAGCUUUGAAGGGUAGAGGCGACGUAAUAUCAAGACAACAAAAUACUAUAUCGUGUUUGGAAGUUCAAUUAAAGAAAAUUUCCACUAAUGAAAACGAAAAUCUUUCAAAUGAAUCAAAAGAAAGCAACAACACAUCAAAACAAAUUGAUCAAUCAUGCUCAACAGCGGCGUCUGUGAUAACCGAUAAUCAAAGUGAGAUUUUAUCUUUGUGCUCUACAACAAAGGCUGAAGAUUCUAAGCGGAUGCAAGAUGUGAAUGAAUGUCUUGAAGAGAAGUAUAAUAAGCUGAAAGUAUUAGCAGUUAAAAUGAAACGAAAAAUUCAAGAACAAAAAUUAAUAAUUACCAAGUAUGAAAAUAGUGCAGGCGAUGGAACUUCAGAUUUAACAAAACAAGAAAACGUUGAAAGUUUGGAAAAGACCAAUAUUUCUGAAGAAAUAAAGGGUAUGAACGAUAAAAUAAAUGAAAGUAAGAAUGAAAUUCAAUUAUUGCAAAAUGCAGUCAAAACUUUAAACGAAGAUAUUCACGAAAAGAAUAAAGCUUUAGAUAAUGAAAUCAAACUAAGAAAAAUCAAGGAACAAGUUGUCCAUGAAAAGUCAAAUGAAAUAAAAAUUUUGAAACAGGAAAAAGACGCUUUCAAUUUGAUUCGAAAAGAACUAGAAAAGGAAAAAGAUUUGUAUAAAAAUAAGUUGAAUGACAAAGAGAAGGAAAUAAACAAAUUAAAUGAACUUUUGGAAAAACUUAAAAAGGAUUUAGAAAAAUCGAAAGCUAUUGGAAAACAAAGCAGUGUUUUAAAUUUGGAAAUUGAAGCUUAUGAAAGGAGUUUGAAUGAAAACACAGAAAAACUAAAUGCGGUAAAAUCUCAAAACCAGGAAUUAAUGGAAUCAGUAUCUUUUAAAGAAAGUGCGAUAUCAUCACUUAAACAGGAAAUUAAACUCCUAGAGGACAAUGUUAAGUCGGAAAAAACACAUUCUGCAGAAUUAAAACAACAGGUAGAUGCAAUGCAAAUGAGACUUAAACAAUUGGAAUAUGAAAAAUCAGAAUUACAAUCCAAACUUCAAGAUAAUAUAGUCGAAAAUGAAUCAAAACAUUCCCAAAUAGAAGAAUUGCGUUUGCAAAUUUCCGAUAUUUCAGCUAAAAAGGACAAGCUGAUUUCCGAUUUAAAUAUUGAAAAAGAAAAUAUAUGUAAACAACUUGCUUUGUCAGAAGAUAGAUUAAGUGAGUGCGAUAGUAAGUUAAAACUCCUUGUUCUAGACUUAGAAAACGUUCGUAAAGAAUAUGCUAGCUAUAAAAUUCGAGCCCAAUCAAUUCUUCGAGAAAACCAAAAUAAAGAAACAAGUCGAGAGCGAGAAUUAGAAGAAGAACUUACGACAAUUCAAGCGAAUUUUGAAGCUGUAAAUGUUAAAUUUCAGAAAAAUAGCGAAAUAAUUGACGUUCAAGAAAGAAAAAUAAUGGAAUUAAAAGAAGAAAAGGAGCAGGUACAAAAUAGGGCAAAAGAAAUUAUGGAUUUAUUAGAAGAAUCACGUGAACAAUAUGAUUUAUUAUUAGAGGAAAAUCGAAAACAGAGUAAAGAUUACCAAGAAUCGUUAAAAGCUCACCGUUUACAAAUAGAAACUUUGACAAACUGCUAUAAAGACCAAAUAGUCGAAAUAGAGCAAAAGCAUUCUUCGAUUAUAAGUGAAAUAACAAAAAAUAAUAAUGCUGCCCCCGUGUCUAGAAUUGGACCUUUCGGUUCUUCUGGUUCCGGUGAGCAAUCUCAAAAAUCUUCGGAUGAACAAAAAGUUGAAAUGUUAUUAAUGGAACGUGAAGAUGCUGAAGGAUCUGAAGCCAGUUAUACCUUACCAAAAAGAAAAAUUUCUACAAGAUCCAAACAUGAUGUUAUCCCUCUGGACGAAUUGCUAAAUUCUUCGUUUGAUGAUAAUGUGGAAGAGCUAGCAGAAGAAAAUACUAAAAUGAGUGCUGAAAAUCAAGUAACAAUUUUAAAGGAAAAGUUGCAGAGCGAAGAAACUAAAAAUAAGCAUUUAACUUCACUGCUCUCCGAAACGGAGCAAGAUCUAAUUAAAUAUACCCAAUUAAGUGAAAUACUUAAAGAAGAACUAAGACGGCAUGAAAGAACAUUGGAAAGGGAAAAACAUAUGCAUAAUUCUGAAUAUUUGAAAAACGUAAUCAUUAAGUUUUUAACUUUAAGCAGCGGGGAUGAAAGAACUCGCUUAGUGCCUGUUUUGAAUACCAUACUUCGGUUAAGUCCAGAUGAAACAACAGUGCUUCAAAAUGUUGCUAAAGGCUCAGAUACGAGUCGAAGUUGGAAUUUACUGCCGAUAUGGUCCAGCAACAAUAAUUGAUAACAUUUAUUUGUCAAUUUCUUUGCAUUUCCCUUAGUGUAAUUUUUUUGUAUAAGUAAAUUAUAUGUCAUUAGAACUUUGAAUUCCAGAUCGUUAGAUAUGCAGUAAAUUUUUAUAAAAGUAACGUCCUUAUAAUUUAUAAAAUAUGUGUUAAGUACUUUGUAAGUAAUAUUGCGGUUUUUUGACAAAAGAAAACAACUGCAUUUGGUCUAUGUCCCUUUCGUCAAUUUAUAUAAAUUCAUCAAUUUUCUUUUAUGAAUAUAUUUAACAUAUUUUAACUGUAAAAUUUAUACAAUUUCAUUUUGAAAUGCUGACUUCCUUUUCUCUCAAAACCGCAAUUAUUUUCCUAAAUAAAAUAAUUUUGCAAAGUACAUAGUACUUUUUAUACUCUCCACUUUAUCUAAGCGAUUGCGGUAAGUAUAAAUUAUACUAAAAUGUUUUAGUUUAGUGAUAAUAAUUUAAUGAGAUUCCUAAAGUUAAUAUGAAAUUAGCUAUUAAUAAAAAUAAGCAAUAAGGAGAAUGUAGAGCCUAAUCGUGUAUCAAUAUAGCAAUUUUUGAGUGAGAAGAAUUAUUUUGUAUUGCGUAUCUCGUUUUUUUUUGCACUUAGUUUUUCUUAAGGAGACGUUCAGUCGAUCAUUUGAAAGUAAAUGCAAAAAUCCUAUUGAAAAAUGAAACAUCCAUUAGAACAACGGAGAAUUAAGAUUUGAAAGUGAAUAAAAAAUGAGAUGGAAAAGCGAGAUACACGUUUAGGCUGUUAGUAAAAUUCAAAAAUAUCAAAUUAUGUUGCAAUUGUUUCAACUGAUCGGCCUAAAAUCUAAACUGAAAAGUUAUUUUUAUUUUUAAAGAUAUUUUGUGGAAUAAUAGAAAUGUUUAUAAAAAAGGAAAAGUUUCUGAAUUAAAGG